GCCGCGCGUGCGCCCUCCCGCCCUGCCAGCUGCGCGCAUGCGCCGCGCCGGCUCGGGGAGAGCAUGGCGGGGGCCGCGCCGGGCGCCAUCAUGGCCGAAGACUACUUCGGGAACGCGGCCGAGUGGGGCGACGAGGCGGACGGUGGCCAGCAACAGGAGGAUGAUUCUGGAGAAGGAGAGGAUGAUGCAGAGGUGCAGCAGGAAUGCCUUCAUAAAUUUUCCACUCGAGACUAUAUCAUGGAGCCCUCUAUCUUCAACACUCUGAAGAGGUAUUUUCAGGCAGGAGGCUCUCCAGAAAAUGUCAUCCAGCUCUUAUCUGAGAACUACACUGCUGUGGCCCAGACUGUGAACCUACUGGCAGAGUGGCUCAUUCAGACAGGUGUUGAACCAGUGCAGGUCCAGGAAACCGUGGAAAAUCACCUGAAGAGUUUAUUGAUCAAACAUUUUGAUCCCCGCAAAGCGGAUUCUAUUUUUACUGAGGAAGGAGAGGUGAGGAAUGUUGUUCUUUGGUGGUGCAUCCCAGGCCUUUCCCUGUCUCUGUGUAUGGAGUGGCGUGUGGCGGAUCAUACCCCAGCGUGGCUUGAGCAAAUGAUCGCACAUACCACAUGGAGAGAUCUAUUUUACAAGCUGGCCGAAGCCCAUCCGGACUGUCUGAUGCUUAACUUUACUGUUAAGCUGAUUUCUGAUGCAGGAUACCAAGGGGAGAUUACCAGCGUGUCCACUGCCUGCCAGCAGUUGGAAGUGUUCUCCAGAGUGCUCCGUACCUCUCUAGCCACCAUCUUGGAUGGAGGAGAAGAAAACCUUGAAAAAAAUCUCCCUGAGUUUGCUAAGAUGGUGUGUCACGGGGAGCACACGUACCUGUUUGCCCAGGCCAUGAUGUCCGUGCUGGCGCAGGAGGAGCAGGGUGGCUCUGCGGUGCGCAGGGUCGCGCAGGAGGUGCAGCGCUUCGCCCAGGAGAAAGGCCAUGAUGCCAGUCAGAUCACACUGGCUUUGGGCACAGCUGCCUCCUACCCCCGGGCCUGUCAGGCGCUUGGGGCCAUGCUGUCCAAAGGAGCUCUGAACCCUGCAGACAUCACUGUCCUGUUCAAGAUGUUCACAAGCAUGGACCCACCGCCGGUUGAACUGAUCCGGGUGCCAGCCUUCCUGGACCUGUUCAUGCAGUCACUCUUCAAACCAGGGGCCAGAAUCAACCAGGACCACAAACACAAGUACAUCCAUAUCUUGGCCUACGCAGCAAGUGUGGUUGAGACCUGGAAGAAGAACAAGCGGGUGAGCAUCAAUAAAGAUGAGCUGAAGUCAACAUCGAAGGCCGUGGAAACUGUUCACAAUUUGUGUUGCAAUGAGAACAAAGGGGCCUCUGAACUCGUGGCAGAACUGAGUACACUCUAUCAGUGUAUUAGGUUUCCAGUGGUAGCAAUGGGUGUGCUGAAAUGGGUGGACUGGACUGUGUCAGAACCAAGGUACUUCCAACUGCAGACUGACCAUACUCCCGUGCACCUGGCAUUGCUGGAUGAGAUCAGCACCUGCCACCAGCUCCUGCACCCCCAGGUCCUACAACUGCUUGUUAAGCUCUUCGAGACCGAGCACUCCCAACUGGAUGUGAUGGAGCAGCUUGAGCUGAAGAAGACUUUGCUGGACAGGAUGGUUCACCUGCUGAGUCGAGGUUAUGUACUUCCUGUUGUCAGUUACAUCCGAAAGUGUCUGGAGAAGCUGGACACUGACAUUUCACUCAUUCGCUAUUUUGUCACUGAGGUCCUGGACGUCAUCGCCCCCCCGUACACCUCUGACUUCGUGCAGCUCUUCCUCCCCAUCUUGGAAAAUGGCAGCAUCGCCGGCACCAUUAAAACCGAAGGUGAACAUGACCCCGUGACGGAAUUUAUCGCUCACUGCAAGUCUAACUUCAUCAUGGUGAACUAAGUCCACACCUGCAGAGCUGAAGCAGAGCUUUCCAGGGCCCCGCUGUGGAGGACCCUGUCAGGAAGCUGCCAUUCGCAGGCACUCAGUCAGCACCUUGGAUAUGGAGUCUGCUGGGAGGGCUGGAUGACUUUCUUAGAAGGAAAGUGCUAGCAGUGUGAGAGCCUGCUGGGGGCCGCCCCUGCCCUGUGUUGUCAGCCCAGGGCUGCUGUGCAUCCCACUCCAGUGCUCAUUUCCUUCCACAUCACCUAGGAUGAGCCCGCUGCCAGCCCCAGCAGUGGUGGGGAGCUCAGAAGCUGAGACUGGUGAACUACUUUUCAAGGCUAAGUUUUCUCACAAGAACCCAGUUGGUUAGUUGAUAUUUUAUUGUAAUUGUUUAAAUUUGCUAAGAAUAAAAAUUUUUAAAAAGCCUUUGUGCUGAGUUGAAAGGUGCAGGUCCUGGUGUUGU